GACCGAUCCUAAACCUGCCCUCUCUCCUGCUGGGUCUCCGCUACAAGACCUUAGUAACGAUCCAGUUUGUACCUUUUCAAUUCCAUCCCUCCAUUCUCUUCUUCUCUUUCUCUCUCUCUCCCUCUUCAACAAUGGCAGAAAUCGUUCACCAGAGAAGCAGCACUAGCAAGCUCCACAUCGCCGUAUGUGCGUUCCCAUUCGGCACCCACGCGCCUCCUCUCCUCAACCUCACACGUAGACUAGCAACCGCCACUCCACAUGCAUCCUUCUCGUUCUUCACCACGGCGAAGUCGAACGCCUCCCUCUUCACAUCCACCGCCGACACCCCCGAUAACUUCAAAGCUUACGACGUCGGCGACGGACUUCCCGUCGGCUACCAGCCUUCAGGGAACCCAAUGGAGGAAAUCGAGCUCUUUCUCCAUGCAACCCCAGGUAAUUUCAAGGACAGCUUUGAGGUUGCAGUCGCCAACACCGGGAAUAUCACUUGCGUGUUGAGCGACGCUUUCCUAUACUUCGCGGCAGAGAUGACGGAGGAACUGGGCAUCCCAUGGGUCCCAUUUUGGACGGCUGGAACGGCUUCCAUCUCCAUUCAUUUCCACACCGAUCUUAUACGCGAUACCAUCGGCGUCCUACCAAAUGGCUUCGCUGGGCGUGAGGACGAGCAACUCGGAUUCAUUCCCGGCAUGGAAUCUGUAAGGCUCCAGGAUUUGCCGGAAGGAGUCAUCUUUGGUCCCCUUGAGUCAACCUUUUCUCGAAUGUUGCAUCAGAUGGGUAAGAUGUUGCCACGUGCCGCUGCCCUUAUAAUCAAUUCCUUCGAAGAGUUGGAUCCCACCAUUGUGAAGGACCUGAAAUCAAAGUUAAAGAAGUUACUCUUAGUGGGACCCUUUGCCCUCGUGACCCCUCCACCGUCCGUUCCGGACGAGACCGGCUGCCUCUCGUGGCUGGACGGCAAGAAACACUGCUCGGUGGUAUAUAUCAGCUUCGGCACGGUGACGGCACCACAGGCUACUGAGCUUGCAGCUGUCGCGGAAGGGUUGGAAGCGAGUAAUGCACCGUAUCUGUGGUCUCUUAGGGAACAGCUGCAUAAACAAUUGCCACGUGGAUUUGUAGAGAGGACAAAAGAGAGGGGAGUGAUUGUGCAGUGGGUCCCACAGACACGGAUCCUGCGACAUCCGGCGGUGGCCGUGUUCGUGACACACUGCGGGUGGAACUCGGUGUCGGAGAGUAUUAUCAGCGGGACACCGAUGAUCUGCCGUCCAUUUUUCGGAGAUCAAAGGCUGAACGGGCGCUUGGUGACGGAUGUGUGGCGAAUUGGGAUCAGAGUUGAGGGUGACAUGUUCACGAAAGAUGGAUUGGUGAAGUCUCUGGACUUGAUUUUGUCGAUGAAUGAAGGGACGGAAAUAAGGGAAAAUGGUAGGAGGCUUAAAGAGAUGGCAGAAAAGGCUGUGGGAGACGAAGGAAGAAGCACGGAGAACUUCAAAGCUGUUUUGCAGAGUGUGGUUUAGAAUUUUUACAUUUACGCUUGUUUGGUUUGAAGGAAAAU